UGUCAAGAUAUAUUGUCAUUAAGCUCUAAUUUUAUGAAGAACAACACUUUAUAGGUCAAAGCUAAUAAUAAAUUGAAAAGAAAAAAAAAAUAGUUAGUUUUGGGCCAAAGCCCAUUACAAACCAGCACAAAUAAUCCGAAACAGUAGUUUGCCGUUAAUAAAAACAGAGUGGAAGAGCAAAGGACAGAGGAGACAAAUCACGCCAUAGAUCGGAGCAAGAUUCUUGGAUCUGCCUCUUAAGACCAAUCGGUGCUUUCGCGUGUCCUCAGUGACUGUAUAAACUUUAAUCCCAGAGACAAAAUCGAGUGGUGUAAAAAUGGAGGAUAGAGAGAAUGCGAAGAGAGUAGUGUUUGUAACUGUAGGAACAACGAGUUUCGAUGCGCUUGUGAAAGCAGUGGUUAGUGAAGAUGUUAAAGACGAAUUGCAGAAGAGAGGAUUUACUCAUCUUCUCAUUCAAAUGGGUCGAGGAAUCUUUUUCCCAAAUAAGUGUGAUGGAGCAGAUGGAUCAUUAGUUGUGGAUUACUUCACAUUUUCCUCGAGUAUCGCUGAUUAUAUUCGGUCUGCAUCUCUUGUUAUUAGUCACGCUGGAUCUGGAAGCAUAUUCGAGACACUAAAACUCGGGAAACCGUUGAUUGUGGUAGUCAACGAAGAUCUGAUGGACAAUCAUCAAUGUGAAUUAGCUGAAGCACUUGAAGAGAGGAAGCACUUGUACUACACUCAUCCUCACACCCUUCAUCAAACCUUGACGAAAAUGGAGUUGGAGUCUCUGGUUCAAUAUACUCCAGGGGACGGAACUCCUGUUGCCCGCAUUAUCGACAGGUUCCUCGGAUUCCCUGAUGAUUAAGCAGAAAUACGAAAACAAGUGUUUUGUUUCCAAAUACAACAGAAACAAAGCUUUUGUCAGGGUACAUUGUGUCACAUAAUCUAUUCAUAAUAGCAAAGCUUUUUCCUGACGUUUGAGAGGAUAAUUAAUUUUGUUUGAAAUGAUUCAGUCUGUAAUAAAUUAAGGUUACAAGA